CUCCCUCCUCAGCUCCCCCAGCCUGAGGCUGUUUUUCCAUUCGCUGAGGCAAAUGUUCCAUCCCACAGUUUUCUCUUUUCGGGAGUUAAAUUUGUCUGUGGAAGCUUGAGAUUUCUUCGUGCACUCUUGGAGUUAAUUUGGUUUGUAAAUGCUGGUGGCUGAUUGCACUUGGGGGCUGCUGCUUGUUGUCUGCGCCUGCCCCCCACCCUCCAACCCUCAGCACCAGGGCCUGCCUCUGCUGGAGUUUCCCUGAGCCUUCGAGGCCUUUCUGAGAGCACACAGCCCCGAAGAGGACAAGGCCACAGUGCCCGCAGCCAGCCUAAGGAAACACCAGGCCAGCCGCAGUGGGCGAUGAAAUGGCACGGUUGUGCCUUGCCUUUGGGUGUCCUCCAGCCUGCACUCCUUUGUAGUCUCUCCAGGAGUCAUCAACCCUGCCCCCUCCCACCUCCUCUCCGGUACUCAGUCUUUACCCAGCCCACCUGUCACUAUGGCAGCCCUGAUUGCAGAGAACUUCCGCUUCCUGUCACUCUUUUUCAAGAGCAAAGAUGUGAUGAUUUUCAAUGGGCUGGUGGCCCUGGGCACAGUGGGAAGUCAGGAGCUGUUCUCUGUGGUGGCUUUCCACUGCCCCUGCUCACCAGCCCGGAACUACAUCUAUGGGCUGACAGCCAUUGGAGUACCUGCCCUGGCCCUCUUUCUCAUCGGCGUCAUCCUCAACAACCACACUUGGAACCUCGUCGCUGAGUGCCAGUAUCGGAGGGCCAAGAACUGCUCAGCUGCCCCCAAUUUCCUCCUCCUGAGCUCCAUCCUGGGCCGCGCUGCCGUGGCCCCAGUGACCUGGUCCGUCAUCUCCCUGCUACGUGGAGAGGCCUACGUCUGUGCUCUCAGCGAGUUUGUGGACCCGUCCUCACUCACCGCUGGAGAAGGCUUCCCGCCAGGCCAUGCUGUGGAGAUCUUGGCAAGGUUCCCCUGUGGAGAGGGCCCUGACAGCUUAUCAGGCUUCCGGGAGGAGGUCAGCCGCAGGCUCAAGUAUGAGUCCCAGCUCUUUGGGUGGCUGCUGAUCGGUGUGGUGGCCAUCCUGGUGUUCCUGACCAAGUGCCUCAAGCAUUACUGCUCACCGCUCAGCUACCGCCAGGAGGCCUACUGGGCACAGUACCGCACCAAUGAGGACCAGCUGUUCCAUCGCACAGCCGAGGUGCACUCGAAGGUGCUUGCUGCCAACAACGUGCGCCGCUUCUUUGGCUUCGUGGCGCUUAAUAAGGACGAUGAGGAGCUGAUUGCCAAGUUCCCGGUGGAAGGCACACAGCCACGGCCACAGUGGAAUGCCAUCACUGGUGUCUACCUGUACCGAGAGAACCAGGGCCUACCGCUCUACAGUCGCCUGCACAAGUGGGCCCAGGGCCUAGCAGGCAACGGCACAGUGCCAGACAGCGUGGAGAUGGCCCUGCUCACUUCCUAGGGGCCUGCUUGACACCCUUUGCAAAAGGUACUACUCUGUCCAAACAGAACCCCACUGCCUUACCCCCAUGUUCUUGGGCUUAGUCCAAGAGAAGAGACAUAAAAUGACUUGGGGUGUAUGACAUGACAGGGCUUUUCAGCCCUGAAGGACCCCCUCUCCUGUAGCCACUAGCCUUCAGCUUUAGGGAAGACUUCCACUAUUGGCCUUAGAGAACUAUAACAUAGAUGGCCCUUGGUGGGAGUCCGAGCAGAGAAGACUCAACCCACAGAGGCAGGAAGACAGAAGUCGCCCGUUUGUAUGUAAAUACACUGUGCAGUUAAUUUGUGUCUAAUUGCAUAGAGGCAGAAUUGCUCUCUACUGCUUACCUCUAGCCUAAUUUUAUAUAUUUAAAUUUUUUGAUAAAGCUUUUCUUUCUAUAAGAGACUGGCUUGGUGUCUAUGCAACUGAAUGGGCAGCAUGGUGGCCAUUCAGUCAGGCUCAAAUCCCACACCCUGUGGGAAGAAAGGGGAGGAACGAGGCUGGUCCACAGCAUGGCAGCAGUGCUGGAACAUGAGGUGUCCCAAAGAGGGGAAGGAAGGUUCCAGGGAUGAGAACUGUUGGCAGC